AUGACUGAGGCGGCCGUCAUCGUGGAAGCCUUGGGCCCAUACGCCGCAAGCGCAGUGCGGCCGUCCAGCGCUCAGCCGCUGACCUGGCGCUCGGACUGCAGCGUUCAGUCGGUAGCGUUGUCGCAGCACUCUGGCCAGGCCAGCGAGGCCCGCGGGGACAUCGCGAUGUCUAUGCUGCAGGAGCUGCUCGGCCGCACACUCAUCACGCCUCAAGAGACACCAGUGCACACGCGUCCAGCGACGCCGCAAUUUUCUGGGCAGCCAAUACCAGACGCCAUCGGCGUGGACGCGCACGCAGCGAGUCCUCUUGCCAUAGCUGCCAACGUGGACAGUGCGAGCGUCCCAGAGCAGCAGCCCGCUCCACAAGACAGCUCCAGCGCUGCGGAGGCAAGCUUCGUGGACAGCAUGGCAGCCGUGGAGUUGUCGGCAAGGUCCAGUGAGCUGGAGGGCUCGCUGGCCAAGAAAAUCCUGGGCGAGAUGACGGGCGAGCCGCAGCAGAGCCUGAAGCCCCUGGAGGCACCCGAGCAGAGCAGCGCACCGCCACCGAUGCCGCCGCUGGCCACCAUGGCGGCGGCGAGCGUCCCAGAGCGGCAGCCCGCUCCACAAGACAGCUCCAGCGCUGCGCAGGCAAGCUUCGUGGACAGCAUGGCAGCCGCGGAGUUGUCGGCAAGGUCCAGUGAGCUGGAGGGCUCGCUGGCCAAGAAAAUCCUGGGCGAGAUGACGGGCGAGCCGCAGCAGAGCCUGAAGCCCCUGGAGGCACCCGAGCAGAGCAGCGCACCGCCACCGAUGCCGCCGCUGGCCACCAUGGCGGCGGCGAGCGUCGUCCGGGCGUCCUCGACCCCGAGGUCCAUGUCGGGCAUGUCGGCGAGGUCCAGUGAUGUGGAGGGCUCGCUGGCCAAGAACAUCCUGGGCGAGAUGAUCGGCUCGCCGCAGCAGAGCCUGCAGCCCCAGGAGGCGCCUGCGCAGAGCAGCGCCGCGCCCCUGGAGCCAGCGGCCGCCUCCCUGGCGGAGGCGAGCGCCGCCCCUGCGUCCUCGACUCCGAGGACCAUGGGAGAGAUGUCUGCGAGGUCCAGUGACGUGGAGGGCUCGCUGGCCAGGCACAUCUUGCUCGAGAUGAUGGACGAGCCGCAGAGCCUGCAGCCCCCGGCGGCACUGCCGCAGCAGAGCCCGCAGCCCCAGGAGGCCCCCGAGCAGGGCAGCGCGGCGCCGCCAGAUCCGCUGCGCGGCCUCUCGUUUGAGACGGCGCCGUCUCAGGUGGACGGGGUCUCGGCGCGCACCGGCAGCAGCAGCCUGGCUGAGGCCCAGGCGGGCGCUACGGCGAAGUCGCUGGUGGCAGGCAUUGUCAUUCCCGAGGGGGUGGCGGAAGCAGCACCGCCACAGCCACCCGCGAAGGCGGCCUCGUCGGCAGGGGUGGCGGAAGCAGCACCGCCACAGCCGCUCGCGAAGGCGGCCUCGUCGGCAGGGGUGGCGGAAGCAGCACCGCCACAGCCACCCGCGAAGGCGGCCUCGUCGGCAGGGGUGGCGGAAGCAGCACCGCCAGAGCCACCCGCGAAGGCGGCCUCGUCGGCAGGGGUGGCGGAAGCAGCACCGCCAGAGCCGCCCGCGAAGGCGGCCUCGUCGGCAGGGGUGGCGGAAGCAGCACCGCCAGAGCCGCCCGCGAAGGCAGCCUCGUCGGCAGGGGUGGCGCAGAGGGCCGCGGCUGCCGCCGCGGCACCCAGUGCGGUGGCGUCGGAGGCGAUUGCCCAGGGCUCGGCCCUCCCAGAUGAGAUCACGGUGGCGGAGCUGUCCCUGGUCACAGACGAGGGCCUGGAGGGCGCUCUCCCACGGUCGUUCGUGGACUCGGCCGCGGCCGCCGCGGAGGACGCCGCGGACCGGAGGAGCGACUUCUCCAAGAUCACCGCGGCCUCCUCCGAGCCCGAGGCCCGGUUUGCCCAGCACGUGAUGUCCGCCCUGGACCUGCAGGGGUCCGCCCUGGCACAGGAGUCUGGUCGCCCGGGAAGCCAGGACCGCCCGUUCUCUCGGAUGACGGCCGAGAACGACCCGGCGGAGAGUGCAGCGGGCGAGAUUGUCCAAGGUGUCAGUCUGGACAUCGUGACGCCAGGCUCCAAGGAGCCCGAGCGGUCGCUGGUCAUGGCCGAGACCGACCCCGCCGAGAGCGUGGCAGGAGACGUCGCCCGCAGCUUGGACUUGCGCGCCGUGCCGGCGAGUUUGGAGGUCGUUUUGUCGCUUCAUGCGGAAAGUGAGGUUGGCGAAACGCAGGACCCUUUAAGGCCGGUCUCUGCCGCCUCGCGGUAUAGCGCCAACUCGGGCGCGGUGGCGGCACAGGUGGCGGCGGGCAUCGUGGAGGACAUCGCCACCACCUACACCCAGAGAGGUGGGGCGCAGGGGUGUCCUCCACCAGAGGGUGGAGUGGAGACCAUCGUCUCGCCGACCGUGGCGUCCGCCCGCAGUGCGCUGGCGGAGGGGGCGCCACCGCAGAGCGUGGCGAUGCCUACGGAGGCCUCGGCCUCAGCUCCGCAGGGUGGCGAGGCAUCAUCCGUCACGUUUGCGGCAGCCUCGCCAACCUCGGCACAGGCGGUGGUCGCGGCCUCUGGCAAGGCUUCGACGGGUGAUCCAGCACUGUCUCAGCAGAGUGUCGUGCCUGGUGGUGCUGCCUCGACCGCCAAGUUGUCUGGAGAGUCAGACCAGGUUGUUGGGCAGAUGAUGACCGGCAUCAUUCUUGACCAUGCCUUCAGGCCAAGCACGUCCGAGGCCAGCGUGGCCUUCACCACUGCCACGGCUCUGGAGCGGGCUCCGUCGCUGAAGCCAGACCCGGCGAUGUCUGAAGGAGCCACGAGCCGCUUCACCGCCAACUCUGGCAUUGAGGAGGAGGCCCUCGCGGGCGACAUCAUCGCCGGCCUCGCCCACGUCUACCCCGAGUCUGCAGCGCCGACCAUGGUGUCGAUCACCGCUGAUUCGGCGGCGUCCAGCAUUGCCGGUGCACCUGCCGCACAGCCUCCCAAGCCCGCACGGCCACCGAGUGCUGCUUCGACGCAGGCCGCAGGAGCCCUGCCCUCGGGCGCUGCACCUGGUGGGCAGCCGUCCGAGCCCGCCCGGCCGCCGAGCGCCGCGUCCAGGAGGUCGGCAGGAUCGGCGCGCUCGCUGUCGGCAGGGACCAGCGGGGCUUGCUCGGUGGAGGAGGACGCCAUCGCUCACACCAUGGUCUCGGGCAUGUCGGACACCGCACGUGCGGAGAUGUGGGCGGCGCGGUCCCAGGAGCUGCCCGCCGAGGACGCCGGGAGCCCCCUCCCUGCCGUGAACACGGCUUACCUGCAGGCGACCUUUGACGAGCCAGCGGACACCUCGCAGACCACGACCUUCUACCCGGCCGGCAGCUGGGUGGCCACGAAGGCUGCGCCGGGCAUGGACUCGACGCUCCUGCCGGGCGUGGACGAGGACGCCCACGACGGCCUGGACCUGAAGUUUGACGUGGAGUACCAGAAGGUAGACCAUUCUGUCUUCAAGCAACAGCUGUUCGAUGGCCUUGUGGACCUCGGAGUGCAGAAAAAGUCGCUGGCAGUCGUCGAUGUGGCGCUCCGCGAGGGAUCCGUCAUCGCGGAGCUGCGCGGCCCGCACUUCGUCAUCGAGGAGAUCAGGGGGCGGGACCUGAACAAGCUGGAGAUCAUGGGCAAGCCGGCACACGUCAGUCCAUACCCGCCAUUGGGAAAGGACGCUGUGCUUCCGUCCCUGAUGGAGGGUGCCGAUGGACAGCGCUCCGAGGCGCAGUACUCGACCACCUCCAGCGCCCUGCAGGAUGACUUCAUGCGCACGACAGCCUCGCGGCUCGCCGACUCCGCCCUGCUCCAGGAGGCACUGGAGCCCGAGGCAGAGCUCACCGCCGACUCGGCCGCGCUGCAGGAGACCCUGCAUCCCAUGGACGACGCGGGCGCUGAGCUCUCUGAGGUUGGCCUGUCCGCCGCCUCCAGCGACGUCGAGGAGGACCUGCUGCGCACGACGGCCUCGCGCCUCGCAGACGCCGCCACGGCACGGGAGGCGCAGCGCCCCGACUCGCGGAGCGAGGCAUCGGAGGAGGUGCUCUCCACCCGCGGGGCCGACCGCGUGGCGGUCGACAUGGCCUCGGACCUGGCGGCCGCGGCCGGGGACGAGGGGCCACGCCCGCGCUCCGUCGACGAGGUGUCCGUCACCGUGGCCACGACCGAGGCGGAGAAUGACGCCUCGAGGCGCGCUGCCCAGCGCGCCGUGGACAAGGCCGCGAGGAUGGCCCAGGAGAGGUGUCGCAGCAGGACGCGGCGGGCGUCCAGGCACCACCAGCACCGCCGGCGCCGGCGGACAGCGCCUCCUCCGACGCGGAGGUGUACAUGUCCGCGCGGACGAGCGCGGCGGAGCAGGACACGGCCGCGGCGGCGGCCUUCCGCGCCUCGGCCUCGGCGGCAGCCGCCGGCUCCCGGGCGGCUUCCCCGACAGUGCGCCCCGACAGCGCGUCCGAGGUGGCUAUGUCGGCGCGCAGCUCGGCCGCAGACACGGAGGCGGCUCUCGGCUUUGCGCGCACCGUGGCCGCAGCGGCCCAGGCGUCGUCGGCGGAGGUCUCAAGUGCGAGGAGAGUUCGGCGCCCGGCGGCGACGCCGUGCAGGGUCUGACGAUGCCCGCCUUCGCGCCCCCGUCGGUGACCGCCGAGUCGGACGCCAUGAUGUCCGUCGGCAGCACCGCCAUGGCCUCCGACGCGGCCAGAGCCAUCACCACGAGGGCGGCGGUCGGCGCCUCGGCGGCUGGCGGCACCUCGUUGGCAGAGGCUGA